AUGGGUGUGUGGAGUGAGCUGAGCGGGUUCUUCGGCCGUGGUCAGCUCCAGAGCCGGCUGUCCUUGGCCAUUUCCCAGCUCUCCCUGCGGGAGGAGGAGCUGCGAGCCCGGCAGCACAGCGCCCUCUGCAGGCUGAGGGAGGAAGCGCUCUGGGAGAAGACCCAGGCAGAGCUUGCAUGGCUGGAACACCGCAGACGGUGUCUGGGCAAAGGGGAGGAGGGGGCUCUUGCUGACAUCACCAGGAAGCAGGAGGAAGUGGUGAACAGAAUGCGUCAGGAGCAGGCGGAGAUCCGGCACUGGCGGAACUUGUACAGGUGUGGCCGGCAGCAGAGGAGGGUGCUCCUGCGGCAGCAGAAGGAGGUGCUGGAUAUCCGGAGGUCUGCAGCGCGGGUCAUGCAGGACCUGCAGCAGGAGGGAGAGGCGCGGGCGGGGCAGAGGUGGGCGGGGCCUGCAGAGACACAUACCUCGCCAGGAGAGGGCGCUGGAGCGUCCCCAGCGCAGCCCCGUGGGCGCGGUCAGAGUAUGGGUGGCCCGAAAGCCAUGCACCCUCACCCCACACAGGGGCACAACCCUCACCUGCAGCUGAAGGGUUCGGAGGGAGAGGAUCCAGUGCAGCAGCUCCACGCGGGCCACGCCCCUUCUCCCACCAGGUGGCCACCUCACCCGAGGAGUCCACCGACGGGAGGCGGACAGCACCACCUGUGGAUGUUUCUGGAACCCAAGACCAAGACCAGUAUCCAAGACCACAAGCAAGACACUCCCCAGACAGACAGCAGGGGUCAGUAUUUGGAGUGUAGUCAGGUAUGUCCCAGAGUGCAACAGGAGUCCAAAAACCCUCUUCACCCUGUAUGCAACCGAGCGGUGGAGAAGAGAAAAGCCUUGCCAAGGCAUCAAAAAGAUGACCACCAACAGGAAGGCUCUUACACCUCUAAACAGGAUCUAAGCAGGCCCAAUGCAAAGCCUAGUGCCACAGUGGACACAAAAGCCAGCAGCAAGCGGCCCAGAGAUGGGGGCCCAGGCGGGGAACCUCUGCAGGACCACCUACAGAACCCGGAGGGAAUGUUUCUGUCGAAGACGGACUUGGGUCUGAGAAGGCUUCUGUCCUCGGACGACGUGUGGACCUGGGGGAAGCGGAGGACCAUCCCGGCAGAAAUGGCCCCGGUGGAGGAGGACAUCGUCACGGCGACCCAGCCCAGUUACCCCAGCUCCUCGCCCAGACACCCCCAGAGCAAGAGCGCCAUUCCUCCGCCCCCUGAGACCGGCCUCACCGAGGGGAGAUUCAGGAGCCAGGGAGAGUCUCUAAAUCAGCGUGAAACCAUGGCGAUGACACCACACAAGUCCCAGUGUGAUGCCCAAACAGACGUUAUGACGGAGAGACGGGCACCGAAAGCACCUCUCCUGGGCCUGCAGGAGGGGUCUGGCUCCUCUGAGAGGGUCAGCGAGGAGGAGGACUCAUCGUCGGCUGAAGAUUCGUCGUCCUCGGGGGGGCCGCUCAGGGUGCGGUCGCUGCCCAACUCCGCCGAGGUCUCGUGGAAGUCUCAGAGAAGCGCGGGCUCGUUCUCGUCUCUCCCAGAAUUCCAGAGGGUGGCUGCGGUGUGCGUGAACAUCUCGGAGCUGUCCAUCUCCUCCUCCGAUGUUGAGGAGGACCUGCCUCUGGACGGGGAGGACAGAGAUUGGGACAUGCCGGACCACGACAGCCUGCAGAGUCAGGGGAGACUCCCGGGCGCCUGCUCCGAGGUCUGCACGACUCCGGCAGUGGGUGGCAGUGGGGGGUGUGUCACCAGCAACGCCGCGACUUGCAACAUUCAAAACAACGAGUGGUCACCGAAUGCGCUGUCGUCCAACAACAACUGCGAGAUCAUGCCCUUCUCUGAUGUCACACAAGCUGGGGACCUCCAGGGUGUGUCCCAGCUGGGCUCUACUGGGACAGGGUACCAGGGUGCUGAGGAGGUGGUUCGGACCGAAGCAUUGUCCCCUGACGCAGUUAGCCCUGUACACGACACCAUGGCCCCGGUCACAGGCAGCAGGGAAACGGACAGUUCCUCUGCUGAGGACAGCCUUUCAGAGACGGAGGAGAAGUAUGAGGCUCUCUCCUCCUGCAGCGAAGACCUGACCUCCUCUGAGGACGAUGGGGCUGACCCACAUACAGCAGGAACGAAAGCCAGCUCUCUGGUCUGCCUGGGAAAGCAUGAAACUGCUCCCCCAUCACACCCCUGCAGUCCAGCACCACUGGGCGCCAAGCUGCAGGAGGAAAAUCCGCUCUCCCCCUGCACCGGCGCAGAGUUCAGCCAGCCCCCCCCAGAGAUGCAGGCGCAAAGACGGAAAUGUGGCACAGAUAAACUGGAGGAUUUCAUGUCUUCCUGGAACCCCCCAGCUCCCGAAGAGGCUCUGUCUGAGAUACUGUCCCCGGUGGAUGAGAUCCUGUCUUACGGCAGCGCCGAACUCCCUCCACCAAUAGCGUACGAUCUCCACCUCCCUCCCCCUCCCCCUGCCUUUGAGGUCAUCACGUGGACGAGCGAGGAGGGCUUCCCCCCACCCCCUGAUGAUCUGGGCGAGCCCCAGAAUGAUGGGAACCCUCUGGAAGACCCCUCCAUUAAGAGUGAAGAGUUGCCCUCCCUCUCAGACGAUCUGCUCGUCCCAGGAAAUGCAGGGCCGCCUGCAGCUCCCACAGACCGAGGAGCCCUCUGGAAAGCAGACCUCCCUGCACCCGGUUCGCAGGUCAAAGGUCACUCUCUGAUUGAAUGGUUACAGGAAGGCCGGGUGAAGGACAGCUCUGAGGACGCGAAAUCGCCACUGCUCGCUGCUCUCUCCACGGCGGAGGAGGACGGGGGCAGCUCGGAACCGCUCUCCUCCUUCCGCAUCGGCGACCACGUGCUCGUCUGCAACUCCAAGCCCGGACGGCUGAGGUUCAAAGGGACGACCGCGUUCGCCUCUGGCUACUGGGCCGGCGUGGCGCUGGACUCUCCAAGUGGAAACCACGACGGAUCCUUCCGGGGGGUACGCUACUUCCAGUGCGAAAAGAACUGCGGGGUGCUGGUCAGGGCGGAGGACAUCUCACACCUCCCCGGGGAGCAGGACAGUGACCUGGAGACCAGGGUCGACGACGACCCCUUUUCAGAUGAGGAGCCUCCCAGCGCAUCGAAACCCCGGCGAGAAGGUGAAGAGGGAGGUGCAGGGAACAGACCGGAGAGAGGCAGCCCAAAGCAGGCACCACCAGAAGAAGGAUCUUCAACUCCAAAACAGACAUGUAGAAACAGUGGUUUCCUUCAAGAGCCUAACAACAACCCUCUGCAGAUCCCCAACGGGGCCUGUGAGGACGUCUUUAUCUGCGGGGUGUCAUCCGCACCCCCCUGCUGUGGCUGUGAGCCUGAUGCAAACGCAGCCCAGCCACUAGGGGGCGCUGAAAGCGAGGACUGCACCGUGAGACACACUGCUGUGUCUGACCUGCAGGAAAUACUGCACCCACAGGAUGAGUGCUGUGCUGAAGGUCUCGGAGGACACAAGGACGCCUCGGAUCUCCACGCGGACGCAAGGGGACCAGCCACCCUGUCCUUCCUCUCCCUGGAGCAGCCAGCCCACUCUGGGGAGGAGAAGGUCACCUGGUCAGGGUGGAGUGAUGCACAUCUCCAGGUCACACAGGUGGGGACAGUGGGAACCAUCGGCAGGUGUGGUGGAGAUUUAGAGUCCCUGGUGGAAAGGCUGAUGGGAGAGCUGCUGAAGGAGGUGGUGAAGGAGGCCGAGGAGGUCAAGAGAAGACGUCAUGGCAACAGGGGCUCCCCUCAGGAGGAUAGCCAUGUUCCAAACUCUGAGCAGAGGAGGAGUGAGGGCAGUCAGACCAGAGCAAGUCCACUAUGUUUCAGUGAUCAGUGGCACUGUUCGCUGGCCUGCGUGACUCAGCCCAAGGUUCGAGUGCAGCCCCACGACCCCGGGGUCAUCCACAGGCUGGUGGGGGCUUCAGUGAAGGCCCUAUGGGGUCAGAGGGGGGGUCACGUGACCAUCAGGGAUGCACCUGCUUACCUGGUUGAUGAGGAGAGUCGCAGAGCUUACAGACAGCUCAUAUUUGAUCUGACCUCUGACAUAUUCCAUGAGAUGGUGAAGGAUCGGCAGAAGACUGGCGGAUCUCCAUGGGAAACAAAGGACCAAUUAUCUCUUUCUAUCUGCUCAGGCAAAACCUCUCUCAGAGACAUCAAGGUCAUGAUUCAGACUGAGGUUCGGAGGAUUCUGAACCUGGAUUGCACGGACGCAGAACUGCGGGAGACACUGCAGAAACUGUGCAAGUACCGGACAGCUCACAGAGACAGGGUGGACUACAUCCUGAUUCAGGAACUCCAUAAGGAUGAGAUGCAGUGGGUGGACUACAGCCUCGACCAGCUCCAUGUCAAAAUGCAACUGACUGAGGAGAUUUUCGACAUCCUUCUGCAGGACACAGUCUCAGUUCUCAAUAAAAUUUAUGGAGCGCCCUCUGGUGUCAGUCCUCCAAGCCCACAAUCCUCUCAGUUAUCACUUAUACCCUAGUAAUGUAGCUCAAGGGUGAGACAGGGUCUAUCCACCCAUCAUAAAGUGACUCUCUUAACUCAGAUCUCAACAGACUGUUUCACCUCAUUGUUUUUGAACUCAGUGGAACAAACUGUUUCCUUUUCCAUGAGUGGAGACUGAUUCUCUCUGCACUUUUCACAUGUGCUGUAUAGGGAUUGAUUAAGAAAGGCAGCAAAUUACACAUACAAAAGUAAUCAAUAUAAUAAAUGUGAAUAUAAUACUUUUCCUCAAAUAUGAUCUGAGGAAUAUAAAUUAUACCUUUUGUUUCCUUCAUAUGUAGAAAUGCAAUUGAUAUUAAGGAGGCUGUCGUUGAAUAUAGGCAAAAUUCCUCCUUUUGUGAAACAGAUAGUCACAGACCCCACCCUGGAACGAUCUGGAAUCCACUCUUCUUCCUCGGGACACAUCUGCGGCCUUGCUCUGCUGGAAAUCAGCUGCUGUUCUCAAACCUCUCAGGAAAGGUGGCUCACUCUGUGAAGCCAUUCAGAGUUCCAUUAUAUCUCUGCGUAAAUGUGACAAUCCAGUUUUUGACACAGUGCAUGUAAGUCUCUCACAACGGUCUGUGUCACUUCAUGCCAAAAUCAAGGGACGUUCGCUCAGGUGAUUUCCAGCCUACUGAUGGAUUAUAAGGGUAUCCUACGAAAUGAGGUCUCUGCAGCAAGCGGGCAGCCUGAGCUGUGACACAAUCCCACAGGAGUUUGGGAAAUGUUUGUGCAAACAAGGGUUUCUCCCCAAAGUUCCCCCGAGUGUUAACUCAGAACAGAAAAUAUGUCAUGUUAUUUCUGUUAGACAUAAAUUGAAAAAAUAUGAUUAUUGCCAUUACAGUGAUUGUCACAGA